CACGUCAUUUAAUCUGCGAUUUAAUUCUCAUUAUCUACUGUCAUAACUGCAUGUAUAAGCAUAACCUAUUGUUAGUCUUAAGGAUAAAAACAACUUCGUAUUGAUUUUGUAUUUAUUAUAUAGGAUUAAUUUCAGUAUGAGCUGUUCUAGAGGAAAUACGAAUAGAACAAGACCACAAAAACAUCAAAAUAGAACUGUAUUUAAAAACACUUUGCAUGACACCAGUAAGAAAACUAAACUUUUAAAUAAUUUAGAAGUGACUGGUGUGUGUGAACGUUGUAAAGGAAUAAUAGAAUGGAAAAUAAAAUACAAGAAGUACAAACCUCUCACAGUCCCAGGAAAAUGUGUUUCAUGUGAACAAAGAAAUAUUAAGCAUGCUUACCAUGUUAUGUGUAAUAAAUGUGCAACUGAAAAAAAAGUUUGUACUAAAUGCUGUAAGCCCUCAGAAUUGAUUGUUGAAAAAAAAAGUGAAGAAAAAGUUGUCGACAAUGAGAUUAAGUAUCAGUCAAUAUUAAAAAAUCUCUCUGAAAGAAAAAGAAGAACAUUUUUGAGGCACCUAAAGAAACAAGAAUCUGAAGGUAUUGCAGUAACUAAUUUGGAAAUAGAUGCAUUUCUGUUAGAAAUGAGUAAAAACGAAUUUGACAAUGACUCGGGUGAUGACAUAAAUUUCUCUGAUUUAGAAAUCUAAUAUAAGAUAUAAUAUAUUGCUUGCUUGUUUCUGUUCUACACAUCAAAAAAAUAAUAAACCAUGUGUUUUUAAUAAAGGUUUUUUAUUA